AUGUCUGCACCACCGCUGUCGCACUUCAAGCUCCUUGUUUUCGAUGUGUACGGUACUCUUGUCGACUGGGAGACGGGCCUGUAUACCGCCCUGAAACCAUUACUGGCGAUGACCUCCGGGAAUACGUGGUCGAAGAGGGAGGCGCUGCAAGCUUUCUCGAGCGUUGAGAAAGAUUUGCAAGCCAAGUAUCCUGACAUGCUGUACUCAUAUUUGCUCGCCAAGGGGCACGCGGAUUUUGCGGCCCGACUCAAGUCGGAAUCUUCUGCACCUGCGCCGACAGGGUCGACAACAGCGCAAGUCGAAACGAGUUCAGCUGAAGCAUCGACCACCACCACUACGGCGUCGACAUCCGCGGGUACGAGCGCAGCUGGGCCCACGAAUGAUUCCCUAUCGUCCGCAGAUAUAGCAUUUGGACAAUCAAUCAAAGACUGGCCCGUGUUCCCCGACAGUGUGGCUGCUCUUGCCACUCUUUCGAAACACUACAAGUUGGUGGUGCUUAGCAAUGUCGAUGAGGCUAGCUUUGCUCACACCAAGGCGGCAUUGGAGCAUGGCUUCGCUUUCGACGAGAUCAUCACUGCGGAAGAUGUCGGCGCAUGGAAGCCAUCAACGAGGGGCCACCAAUACGUCCUCGACGUUGCCAAGCAGAACUUGGGAAUCGAGGCGAGCCAAGUUCUAGUCACGGCCCAAAGUCUCUGGCACGACCACACUCCCGCCAACAAACUCGGUCUAUCGUCUGUUUGGAUUGACCGCGCGGGUGCAACGAUUGGCAUUGAUAACCCGGAGAAGUACCAAUAUCUGCGACGUUUCGCCACUCUUGGCGAGAUGGCAGCCGCUGUUGACGCAGGCGAGUGA